ACAACAUUGAAAACUCCAAAGUCUUGUCCUUCUCAAGCACUUGCUCUAACUCCAAUUCAACCAUGGUUGCGAGACUCGCGGUAACAGCGCUGGUGCUGAUAGCUUUGGCAACAAUUUCUCUCCAAUCUUCAGCUUCAGCUUCAUCAGUGGGUAAAUUCGUCGACGAAACCAUCACUUCCCACAAGAUCGUCAUUUUUUCCAAGACCUAUUGCCCGUACUGUAGAAGAGCAAAAGCUGUUUUCAAAGAGUUGAACCAAGUUCCACAUGUUGUUGAGCUCGAUGAGAGAGAGGAUGGUUCAAAGAUUCAGGAUAUCAUGGUUAAUAUUGUUGGGAGGCGUACUGUGCCACAAGUUUUCAUCAAUGGAAAACACCUUGGAGGCUCAGAUGAUACUGUUGAAGCUUACGAGAGCGGACACCUGCAUAAACUUCUAGGAAUCGAGAAAAAGGAUCAUGAUGAUCUCUGAAUCAGGUUGUUAAUUAGGGUAAACUAUGUCGCAAAGCUGCAACUGUAUUCUGUGACAGUAUGAUAUCUUUACAUAUGAAGGCAGGGUGACAUUACAUUUUGGCACUGGUAAAGUUUUCAUUUAUAUGUAAUGUGAUGGAUAGUUUUUUAAUUAUCACAGGAAUGCACCAUCGCCCCCCCAUUUCCACCUUGUUUGUACUGAACAUGCUCAGAUAGAUACCCCAUCAUAUAAUAGCUUGUAUUUUACUUCUAUCCCAUUUUACAUUGUUUGGAAUGGAGUGGUUAUUCAUUUUA